AUGCAUACCACCAGUACCGCCAAACAGUAUGCACCAUCGUGCUCGAUCCUGAAGUGUAUCAUCCCCAGCAGUCCGGGAGCCGACCCCAAAUCAUGCUUUUUUGAAUGCGCUGCAGAACUGGACGUUGCUACUAUCAGAAGAACGGUAUUUGGUGGUAUUGUACUCGGACCAGAUGGUGCACUGAUCUACAGUUCGACAGGACACCUAAAGUGUUGGAUGAAUCACUUUGAACUUCAGCCUGUUUGGUCACCUCGCCCAUCAGUACUUCUAACUGCUGCUGCUGCUUCUGUUACCCGUCUUGUUAAGGUGAACUCCCUUUCGAUAUCAUAG